CGGCCUGUGCAUUGAAUAGCACUUAAAUUGGUGUGGGUGAGCUCUCUUGAAUGCAUGUACACCGUAGAAGCUCCUAUUCCCUAAUACUGUUGCCUACAAAAGCCACUGAAAUGCAGCAUCAAGGUUGUGUGGCCGGAAGAAAUCACAGGGGAAAAAGGAAGAAGGCAACUACAAAGAGUCAGAGUUGUCUGGGUGGAAGGGAAAAGGAACUAAGGGCAGCAAAAGGGGAAGAGGUUAACUGAGCUUGGUGUCUCACUGCAAUGGGUUUGAUCAGCAGAGGGGUGGUUUUCAAGGCCUUGGUAUUCGUCUUCUUCAUCAGAUCAUCUCAAGGAGGAGACCAUUUCACCAAACUGAAUCUCCCUCCCCUUCAGAAGGCAAGCAGGUUCUCCACAAUUCAGCAUGAGGCAUAUGACUACAUCAUUGUUGGUGGGGGCACAGCCGGAUGCCCAUUGGCAGCGACACUGUCACAGAAGUACAAGGUACUUCUGCUGGAGAGAGGUGGGUCUCCAUAUGGCAAUCGCAACAUCACGUAUCUGGAGAACUUCCACAUUUGCUUGGCAGAUGUUUCGCCAGAAUCACCUUCUAAAACUUUCAUCUCCACCGAUGGUGUGAUCAAUGCCCGCGCAAGUGUCCUGGGUGGUGGAACCUGCAUCAACGCCGGCUUCUACAGCCGAGCCAAACCAAGCUUUGUGCAGGAGGCAGGCUGGGAUGAAGAGCUGGUCAACCAGUCCUACCCUUGGGUUGAAGAGAGGAUUGUUCAUUGGCCCAAAAUCGCACCUUGGCAGGCUGCACUCCGGGAUGGGCUGCUCGAAGCAGGGAUCUCACCUUACAAUGGAUAUACCUAUGACCAUCUCUAUGGAACCAAGGUUGGGGGCACCAUAUUUGACGAGACUGGGUACCGGCACACUGCUGCCGACCUCCUUGCUGCUGGAAAUCCUAACAAUCUUAGGGUGCUGCUUCAUGCCAGCGUGAACAAAAUAGUUUUCUACACGAAACAAGGGAAUAGGAAACCAAAGGCUAUUGGAGUUCAAUUCAAGGAUGAGAAUGGUGGGCACCACCAAGCCUUCCUCAGCCAAAAGAGGGGUAGUGAGAUCAUUGUCUCUGCCGGUGCUAUUGGCAGCCCCCAGCUACUGUUGCUCAGUGGAAUUGGACCCAGGAAUGAACUUAAGAAGCACAACAUUUCUGUAGUCCUCCUCAACGAGCAUGUGGGUAAAGGAAUGUCAGACAAUCCAUUGAACUCCAUCUUUAUACCUACGAAGAACCCACCACAGCAGUCUCUGAUCGAAACUGUUGGAAUAACCAAUGCCGGUGUGUUUAUUGAAGCCAGCAGUGGUUUUGGCCAGUCAGAUGAUAGCAUCAAUUGCCACCACGGGAUCAUGUCCGCUGAGAUUGGGCAGCUGUCGACAGUUCCACCAAAGCAAAGAAGCUUAGAUGCAGUCCGAAAGUAUGUACAUAACAAACAAAACCUACCGAAAGAAGUAUUCCACGGAGGUUUCAUUCUCGAGAAGAUUGAUGGCCCACUGUCUACUGGCAAUCUAGUACUUGCAGACACUGAUAUCAACAGCAACCCCAAGGUCACAUUCAACUACUUCCAACAUCCGCAAGAUCUCAGGCGGUGUGUCUAUGGGAUCAAGACCAUCGAGAGCAUACUUAAGACAAACCUUUUCUCUAACCUUACUGCCAAUGGUGUUGGAUAUUCAGUGGAAAAGCUACUCAAUAUGAGUGUAACAGCCAACAUAAACUUGAUACCGAAGCACACGAAUGACACCACAUCCUUGGAGCAGUUUUGCAGGGACACAGUAACCACCAUCUGGCAUUACCAUGGUGGAUGCCAUGUGGGCAAAGUGGUCGAUCAACAGUACCGGGUGAUUGGCAUCUCAGGCCUCCGUGUGGUUGACGGGUCAACCUUAUUUAGGUCACCAGGAACAAACCCGCAAGCCACAGUCCUGAUGAUGGGCAGAUACAUGGGGGUGAAGAUUCUAAGGGAAAGAUUAGGACGAGCAGCUGGAGUAUAACAGAUUCAUGGACCUUAUCCACUUCAUCGUGUAAGAAUGUGACUUAGGAGAGAAGUACAUAAUGAUAUAGUGAAUCUUAUAAGCAAUUCAUCACGAAUAACCAAAGAAAGAAAAGCUAGGAGUUCCAUUUGCACUCUUAUUGUUCGUGUCGAAGAAUAUGGUAUAUUGAAAUUAUGUGUUGGCUCCACGUUUAUACCA